AUGUCUGAGGUGAGAGUUGACGUGUGUGAACCUGAGGCAGGAUCGUGUGAUAACCAGACUGGAGUAUGUACUGGCUCCAUGAAAUCCACUGGUUCUGAUGCUUCUAGUCCGGACUUGCAAGGCCUGCUGCUUGCUGUCGACACAUCCUCUCCUGAUAUGAGCCCUUCUUCCUCCUCUGAGACCUGUGGUUUGUUGUCAUUGCCUUGGGAGAUCUUAACCAACAUUGCCUCGCACCUACCUGCUCAAUGUGUCAUCAAUGUGCUGCCAAAGGUCUGCCAUACGUUGGGCACUGUCGGUAAGGACAGCACUGCUUGGCAGCUACGAGCACGGAGGUUAAUAGGAUCAAAGGCUAGCUUUCCAGUCGGGCCAAGGGAGGACUUUGACUGGCCUACUGCUUGUAUGGAGAUGGAACAUCUGAUAACCUCCUGGUGUGUGGACAGACAGACCCCUAAAGAUCAGGAAAAAAACGAUCAAGCAAGGAUGCAGGAAGGAUAUUUGCAAGUUGCAGCGGAACAGGAAGAUGGUGGAGGUGAUGAAGUAGAAGGGGUAGGAGUGGCUGCACAGCAAGUUGCUUACGGUGCUGAUGAAGGAAUGAUGAUAGCAAUGGAUGGUGAAAUCCACCUCAUGUUAGAUGGAGACCAAAUGGCAAGAUUGAGAGAGGAAUUGGAGGGUAGACUGGAUGUUGAAGGAAGGGUGGCUUUUCCUGCUGAAGAGGGGCAAGAUGUCGUUGCUCAUCACCAUGAGGCCAACCCCAGGAAUCUGGAUAAUGAGAGAGAUGUAGCGAUGAUGCAACCACAGUUGCCCAGAAGUCCCAGCCCUCCUCCAGACCUGGAGUGCGUCAUUCUGCCCUCAGAUCAUAUCUCUCAAGUCAACUCAGUGCUGCUCCUUGGGGGAGAAGGGGCAGUGUGCGCCACAGCUUCCAGAGACUAUAACGUGAAACUCUGGGACCUGCAAGAAGGCUCUAACGGUACCCUUCUCUACACACUGGGAAAGCAGGGUGACCUCAGCACACAUGGAGGCUGGGUCUGGUGCCUGGCAUCACAGGGUCCUCUCCUGGCAACAGGAGGAUUUGAUAGCACAGUGAGGCUGUGGGACCUACAGGCAGGCGGUGCAGACAGAGGCCUGAUCAGAACUGGAGCUAUUGUCCUCUGCUUGUCUUGUCAGACAGAUCUACUGCUAGCUGGCACAUUUGAUAAGAGGAUCAACAUGUAUGACACAAGAGCCGCUGAACCACUGAUUAAAAGUUUACGUCUCCACGGUGAUGCGGUAAUGUGCCUCGCUGCUGAUGACAACUAUAUCAUCUCUGGGAGUAAAGACUGCACAGUUGCUCUCUAUGACCGUAGGGCGGAAAAAGGCUUGAAGAGACUUAGGCUGAGCUCGUAUUUGCUGUCCAUGAGCCAUAGUGGUUAUGAAGUCUGGGCAGGGGACAACAGAGGAAUGCUGCACUCCUUUUCAAUGCACGCGGGGGCCUUAAAGCUGCUCUCCCAAUUUGAUGUUGGACACACAGAUCUAGUUACUGGCAUUCACAGGUCCCAUGGAAGCCUCUACACCUCUUCAUCGGAUUGUUCUGUCAAAUUGCAUAUCCCCUGUGCGCCUCCAAGGACUUUGCGUACUCUGCAUUAUCACAAUGGAGUCAAUGGGCUGAGUGUGGAUGCUGGUGUCCUUGCUGUGGCCUGCGGUGACUCCAGUGUGCAAAUUUGGAGGCCCAGAAAGUGAAACUAUAAGACCUACUUCCCACCGCUGGAAGAUUGUAAGCCAGUGCAGACCAACGAUGCUUGCUGCCCAUGUAACAUUGUGAAAUUGUGGAAUAAACUGAUAAACACAAAGUUAAUCACCUUUAAAAAUUCACAGCUUCUUAAUUUUGCUGGAUGGUUUCAUGCAUGGAGAUAUAAAUGGUAAUUUACCAAAUUAAUCCAAAUUUUUAGAACGUGAUAUGACAAUUUAAUUUAAGAUACAUCUGGCCAAAAUUCCUUUUAAGAAUAUCACGAGCACGAAAACCGGACGUUUUACAGAAACUUUUUAUUUUUUCAUUUUUUUUUGACUGAAUUUUCUUUUUGUGUAAACAGUUUUUAUAUGAUGUAAGUUGAGUAUUUUCAGGUCUGUUAGUGUGGCCAGGUUUAUUUGUUGGUCAUGGUUAUUCAGUAAGCUUUAAGAGACACUGCGUGUACCUGUAGUAUCACUGUACAUUUUGUGCUGUUUAUUAAACCAUAAAACUACAGUCAUUUAAAUGUUUAUUGUGAAUGAUCAGAAUCAUUACAAUAACGGAGAUCAAAUUAAAAUAAAAAGUUCAAGAUCCAGGUAAAAUAUAAUGAAACGUUUGUCCCUUUGUUACACUGAAUGUUCAAUUAAAUUCACCAAAAAGAGUCUGAAUUCUUGACUGGAUUUACAAAUGAAGUGCCAUGGUUUGGGGUAAAUUACUGAUUCAUUUUAAUGCUAUUCUUGAGCACAUGUAGCAGCGGAUGCUCUUCGGUCUUGCAAACGUUCUGCUCAGCCGUCAUUGCUGUCAUCUCUUGAAAAGUAUCAAAGCAGCACACAGGUUUUCUUGUCUUUGAAAGGGUUGGCUGAAGCAGCUAUACCGGUGAGCAGAGGAUCGCUCCGCCGGUGCUCCUGACAGUACUGGACCAAAUCUGCCGCUGUCAGGGAAAUCUGCUUGGAAACAAGAUAUCAGCAAACGUCAUCAAUUUGUAAACAUACUUCAAUUUAGACCGUGGCAGUCUCCAUUUGUUUUUGCUGAAAAUAUGGCAAAACAUGCUCCCUCUGUUGCCAUGGAGGCUGUCCUGAAGCCAAGCUGUGAGCUUCCUGAGGAUAUGCCAAAAAUCAGAGGCUACGACUUUAACCAGGGGGUUGAUCUCCAGGCAGUGCUGAAGUCCUACCUCACCACAGGCUUCCAGGCCAGCAGUUUAGGCUUGGCAAUCCAGGAAAUCAAUACCAUGAUAGAGAAGCGUCUUGAGCCAGUGGAAGUAGAUGAAGGAAAUGAGUCCAAAGAGCACUCAGGCUGCACCAUCUUCCUUGGUUACACCUCAAACCUCAUCAGCUCCGGAGUUAGAGAAAGCAUCCGCUAUCUAGCAGAGCACAAAAUGGUGGAUGUGAUUGUGACCACAGCUGGAGGCAUUGAAGAAGAUUUGAUCAAGUGUCUGGCUCACACCUACUUAGGAGACUUUAGUCUGUCCGGGAAGGAGCUCCGCUUGAGGGGCAUUAACAGAAUAGGAAACCUGCUGGUGCCCAAUGAUAACUACUGUAAGUUUGAGGACUGGCUGAUGCCCAUCCUGGAUCAGAUGUUGCUGGAGCAGAACACAGAGGGAACCCGUUGGACUCCCUCCAAAAUGAUCCAUCGGCUUGGCAAGGAGAUAAAUAAUACAGACUCUGUUUACUACUGGGCCUACAAAAACAACAUUCCAGUGUUCAGUCCCGCUCUGACAGACGGCUCCAUUGGCGACAUGAUCUACUUUCAUUCUUAUAAGAACCCGGGCUUAAUUUUGGACAUUGUUGAAGAUAUUCGCAGGUUGAACAGUCAGGCGGUUUUUGCCAAAAAGACGGGAAUGAUCAUCCUGGGAGGAGGGCUGGUUAAGCAUCAUAUAGCCAAUGCUAAUCUUAUGAGGAACGGAGCUGACUAUGCAGUGUACGUGAACACGGGCCAGGAGUUUGAUGGCUCUGACUCUGGAGCCCGACCUGAUGAGGCCAUAUCUUGGGGCAAAAUCAGAACGGAUGCCAAACCUGUUAAGGUGUACGCUGAUGCCUCUCUGGUUUUCCCUCUGAUCGUCGCCGAGACCUUCGCACUGCACGCCAAUAAGCUGACCGCCGAAAAGAAAACAGAGUAAAAGGUUGUGGACUCAAGGAUUCUGUUAGAAACACCAACCCCUUGUUCUCCUAGUAAUUUGCUUCCUUUUGUCAUUGAAUCAAUGAGUUGGUGGUGUGUCUGAAUAGCUGUUAGGCCAUGAUGUUUUAAAGGCUUUUCCAUAGUAUUUAUUUGUUAAGACAAGUUUUUCUUUUCCUGAUCAGUUGUUGAGACAACUGAGAUUACAUAGCAUGGCUAUCAUGUGCUGAAGAAACUAAAGAAUAGUGCAUCAGCUUUUAGCAGCAGGGAAUGGUGUGUGUGUGUGUGCGUGUUGAGACUAAAUACAUGCCUACGCGUUCCUUUGAAAUGAGUUUUAAGUUGUUUUAGUUUAGCUAUGGCUCAUGCCUGCUGUCAUCAGAAUGGCCUUUCUCAGUCUCAUUUGUAUAAAUGUAAGCAGCCCUUUACCGUAUUAUUUCUGGAUAGCAAAUGCUCCUGUAUAUCAUAACGAAUUAUUAUUACAAAGUAUUUCUGAUUCUGAAUGAUGAGGAAAUAAUAAAAUAUUGAAACUUGA